CCCACUGACAUUUGCCUACAGCUACCAGGCCUCCCCUUGCCACAAUUCCCCACAGCCACAGAUUCCAGACACAAAAAAAUUCGAAAAUGUUUAAGGAGGAGCAAAUUAGCAUCCAUGCAGCCAAUGAGGCAGCCUUGCAGAAUGAUCGUGUCUGGAUCUGUGAGGCGUGUGAGCGCGCCCCUGCUGCCUUCAUCUGCAAGGCAGACGCUGCGUCGCUCUGUGCUAAUUGUGAUGCAGAAAUCCACUCUGCUAAUCCAUUAGCCAGCCGCCAUCAGCGUGUCCCUGUGGCGCCAAUACCUUGUUCUGUUUACGGUCCCCAGGCUGCUAAAGGCUCAGUCCUCGGGCUUGGAGGCGAUGACACAGAUGAUGAGGAGAGUGAGGCUGUUUCUUGGCUGAUCAAUCCUGGCAAGAACAACUCUGAACAGCUUACAAAUGGCUUGUUUUUUGGUGGAGAGGCGGUUGAUGAGUACUUGGACUUCGUCGAUUUCAGUUCUUGUCAGGACAAUGACAAUCAGUACACUGGUGGACAGCAAUAUGAUGUUCCUCAGAAGAGCUAUGGAGACCAGUCAGAGCAGUACAAUGAUCAGCAGAACUAUUUUGUUCCGCGGAAGAGUUAUGCAGGCGAUAGCGUUGUGCCAGUUCAGAAUGGACAGGUGAAAAUUCACCAGUUUCAGCCUCAGCCAAAGCAGAACCAGACUUUCCAGCUGGAUUUGGAGUACGAAACAUCAAACACAGGCUACGGCUACCCCCCUUCACUUAGCCACAGCGUUUCUGUAUCCUCGAUGGAUGUUGGAGUUGUGCCAGAAUCCACAAUGCUCGACGUCUCAAUCCCACAUUCAAGACUCUCUGCAGGUACAAAUGACAUAUAUUCUACCCCGCCAAUUCAGACGCCAACUCAACUGUCUCCAAUGGACAGAGAGGCCAGAGUCCUCAGAUACAAAGAAAAGAAAAAGAACCGGAAAUUUGUCAAGACCAUAAGGUAUGCAUCAAGAAAAGCUUAUGCAGAAACCAGGCCAAGGAUCAAAGGCCGGUUUGCGAAGAGAACAGAUACUGAAGUUGAGGUGGAUCAGAUGUUCUCCUCGAAUUUCAUAGCUGCAACUGGAUACGGCAUUGUUCCGUCUUACUAAAUCCGAAUGGAGCCUCUGCAGAUGAAUCUCUGAGCACUGAAAUUGUUCUAGUAAUUAGUAUCUACUUCUUCAGUCUAACUAGUUUGCUCUUAACAAGUGAUUAUAUGCUUGUAAUGUCGUUUAAAUGCACCCUAUAGCUUUAAUGUUUAUAUUUUUAAUUUUAUA